AUGGAAGGAGAGACAGCACCCGAGGCCAGGAGAGGAGCCAGCAAAGCCACACGGAUUGCCCUCGGCGUCUUUGUGAGCAGCACCGUUGUGCUCGGCACUGCACUUUUCUUGGCUAGCCAAGGUCUUAUAAAGUUUCAUUUGAAGCAACAGUACUGUUUGACCUCAGAAUGCAUUGAAGUUGCUGCUGGCAUCCUAAGCAAGAUAAAUCAAUCCGUAGAUCCAUGUGAGAACUUUUAUCGAUUUGCAUGUGAUGGCUGGAUAUAUAAUCACCCUAUUCCUGAAGACAUGUCAAACUAUGGUGUUUAUCCUUGGCUGCGACACAAUGUGGACCUCAAACUAAAGGCCUUGCUUGAGAAGCCCAUCAGCAAAAGACGAGACAGUGAAGCUGUACAGAAGGCCAAGAUCCUGUAUGCAUCCUGCAUGAAUGAGAAUAAAAUUGAAAAAGCUGAUGUGAAACCCCUGUUAAGUAUACUGAGGCAUUCACCUUUCCGCUGGCCUGUGCUGGAAUCCAGCAUUGGACCUGAAGGGCUAUGGUCAGAAAGGAGGUUUAGCUUAGUCCAAACCUUGGCAACUCUUCGUGGUCAAUACAGUAACUCCGUCUUCAUCCGUUUGUAUGUGGCUGCUGAUGACAAAAUCUCCAAUCAAUAUAUCCUUAAGCUUGAUCAAGCAGGCCUCUCUCUUGCAUCUCGAGAGGAUUACCUAGAAAACACCACAGAAGCCAAAUCUUACCGAGAUGCUUUUUUGCAGUUCAUGGUGGAUACAGCAGUGCUUCUGGGUGCAAAUGCUUCACGAGCCGAAUCUGAUAUGAAGUCAGUUCUAAGACUGGAAGUUAAAAUAGCUGAGAUCAUGAUUCCAUAUGAAAAUCGAACAAGUGAGGUGAUGUACAAUAAAAUGAACAUAUCGGAGCUUAGUGCCAUGAUUCCACAGUUUGACUGGCUGGGAUACAUCAAGAAAGUGAUUGACACCAGACUCUAUCCUGAGCUCAAAGAUAUAGGUCCUUCAGAAAAUGUGAUUGUCCGUGUUCCCCAAUACUUCAAAGAUUUAUUCAGGAUACUAGAAAAUGAAAGGAAAAAGACUCUUGCCAACUAUCUGGUGUGGAGGAUGGUUUAUUCAAGGUUAUUUAACCUCAGUAGACGUUUUCAGUAUCGGUGGCUGGAAUUUUCUCGGGUGAUCCAUGGAACCACAACUUUGCUGCCUCAGUGGGAUAAAUGUGUGGACCUCGUUGAAAGUGCUCUCCCCUACGUUGUGGGUAAGAUGUUUGUGAAUGCCCAUUUUCAAGAAGACAAGAAGGAGAUGAUGGAGGAGUUGACUGAAGGAAUUCGCUGGGCUUUCAUUGACAUGUUGGAAAAGGAAAAUGACUGGAUGGACUCUGAAACAAAACGAAAAGCUUAUGAAAAGGCAAAAGCAGUUAUGGCAAAAGUGGGUUAUCCUCAGUUUAUAAUGAAUGACACAUAUAUUAAUGAAGACAUCAAAACACUGAAGUUUACAGAGAGUGACUAUUUUGGCAACGUGUUGCAAACUCGCAAAUAUGCAGCCCAAUCGGAUUUCUACUGGCUUAGAAAAGAAGUUCCAAAAACAGAGUGGUUUACAAGCCCAACUACUGUAAAUGCUUUUUAUAGUGCAUCUACCAACCAGAUCAGAUUCCCAGCUGGAGAACUGCAAAAGCCUUUCUUUUGGGGAACAGAGUAUCCUAGGUCGUUAAGCUACGGUGCCAUAGGAGUUAUUGUUGGCCAUGAGUUUACUCAUGGAUUUGACAGCAAUGGUCGGAAAUAUGACAAAAAUGGAAACUUAGACCCUUGGUGGACAUCUGACUCUGAAGAAAAAUUUAAAGAGAAAACAAAAUGCAUGAUUAAUCAAUACAGCAACUACUACUGGAAGAAAGCUGGCUUACACGUGAAAGGCAAGAGGACCUUGGCAGAAAACAUUGCAGAUAAUGGAGGUUUGCGAGAGGCUUUCAGGGCAUACAGGCGAUGGAUUGCAGAAAAGAGGGGAGGAGAAGAAGAGCCUUUACUGCCAGGCCUUGAGUUCACACACAACCAGCUCUUCUUUCUGAGUUAUGCCCAUGUAAGAUGCAACUCCUUUAGACCAGAAUCUGCGAGAGAGCAAAUAUAUAUUGGAGCUCACAGCCCUCCUCAGUUCAGAGUUAUUGGUGCCAUGAGCAACUUUGAAGAGUUCCGUAAAGCUUUCAAUUGCCCAACAAAUACAACAAUGAACAGAGGGGCAGAAUCCUGCCGGCUGUGGUAG